AUGAGUAAACAGGGGACUAUGGUCCUGGGGCCUAGGCCAACUAAGGCCUGUGUGAAUUGUCGGCGACUGAAGAUGAAAUGUGAGGUGUUGGGGAAUCCUCCCUGUCGUCGAUGCCGACAUACACGUACACCGUGUGUUUUUAAACCUCGUGCCAAUGCCUCUGCUAUCCAUGAUUUACUCGAUGAACAACAUUCAAGUUUACUCAAUACAAGCCCGUCGUUGCAUGACCAGCAGUCUAUAUUGGAUCGAUUAGAUCGGAUCGAAGCUGCCCUAGGAAUUGGUCAGGGUGAUUUAGAAUCCUCUAGUAUUUCUCAAUAUUUGGACAGGGACGAAGACAAUGGAAAUAUACCAUUGCAAGAAGCUUGGAGAUCUGUUGCUCAUUUAAGAUCAAUUACCCGACCUGAACAGGAUGAGAGUAUUUGGUCUCGACCCGUUAUUAAACGACUUUGGACCUCAUUUAUGGAUAAUUUACCACUGCUGCAUUUCCUAAAAGACCGCGAUGUAUUUGCUUCUCCAACUCCAUUACUACUGGCUUCUGUUCUUUACAUCUCUGCCCUUCAUCAUCCAUCUCCAGAGAUGGGAUCGUUAGCAUCGGCCUAUUUUACUGCAAAUUGUUGCGCAAUCGCCGAACUGGUGUCACCUAGCCCAACUGCCUUUCUUACACUAAGAACAGAAAGCAGCGCAGAAAUUGAACAAUAUUUGCCGCCGUUCAAAAAGCAGCAAAAAGCCUUCCAUAAUAUUCUUGGUUUGAUUAUGGCAAGUCUAAGCUCCGAGGCCUAUGUUGAUACGACAGGUUCAUGGAUUGCAAUGGGUUACCGAAUGUGGCUCGAUCACUGUGAAUAUGAACCAGAAGACUCCAGGAUAGAUUGGCCUAGCCUUUUUUCCGGUCUGCAGGUCAUUGACAUUGAACAUGCAUCGUUACACAUGUCUUAUCCUCUACUCCCACCACAUCCACCAACACUUGACAUCCAGGGCCUAGCCAGUCACCGGAGAACCGCGUUUGAAGGCCUCGCGGAAAUGAUGCACUUUGGUCUAAGCCACUUUGUCGGUAGAGGACUGCCGACAAUAUGGUCUUCAAUGAAUGCAGAUAUCUCUAAUAGUAUUCCCACCGUUCGCAGCCCAUUUACUGAGAAAGACUCUCAUAUAAUUAGACUAUGGGCUCGAAAGCUUGAUGACUGGCUUGUCCAGUAUAAUGGAGCAUCUCAACCAUCACCAUCAGACCGACAGGGUAUUUUGAUCUUGUUACAGUAUCAUCUGCAUAAACUUUACGUUCUGUCUAUUUAUCAUCCUGCUCGUGGACUGGAUCUUAGCUCCGCAAAUAUCAGUCCUGUUGAAAGACACGAGCUCCUCGUAUCGGCGCGGGCAGUGUUAAGAUUACGCCAAGAUGAUGCCAGCAUUUGGUCCAAUUGGGAUCUGAUUAUGAUCACAUGGGCUGCGAUAUUGCUUCUUCGUGGGGUGGAAGAUGGCAUGACGCACCAAGACGAUCUCCAUCUCAUUCAAGCCCACCUCCAGAGUCUUGAACGGAGCUAUCAGUCUGCGGCAAGUAUACACACAGUUUUAUUCCAGCGCCUCGAAUCCAGCAUGCAAGCAAUGCAUACCCCUCCAGAUACAAGCUCUGCAUUGGCAAUCCCGGGCCCUGAAACAGAUGAUCCCUGGACAAUCUUCGAUCAUGAAAUAAUGUCCUUGGCGAACCCUCCCUGGCUGUUUCAAAACUCUACUCAGUUUCCUCAGAGUUCAAAGUCAUUGGGCCAGGUGCCAGUAGGGAUACCUGCUGUUUCAUAUGACUCCAGUUUGCUGGGAAAUAGUACUCAGAUCUUCGGAUCAAGUACAGCCUGGAAUGAAGACGAGUAA